AUCAUUUUCCAGUCGUACACGGGUUUAUCACAACCGGCCAUAAGGCGACUGAGGUCAGCAAUAGCCGAGAAGAAGAAAAAGCAAAAGAAAGCAAAAGGUCUAUUUUCAACGUUGGGUCGUAAAGAGGAUCGUGAUAACAAAAAUAAAGUGUUCGUUCCAUCCACAACUAUACCUUCAACGAAUCCUGUAGCGCAGACGAGUGAACAAGAUGCAACAUGCCUGAUCACUAAAGAUCAGGUAAGCUAUUCUUCUUUGCUGAGCAAUAAACCAGAUUAUUGGUUUGGUCGAAUUUACCGAAUCAAAUUAAUGGAACGACUUGGCGAAGGUUCGUUUGCGAUCGUGAAACGAGCCAUUUGGACACGGAGUGAUGGCACGAAAGUGGACGUUGCGGUUAAAAUCCUACGAGACGCAACCGCGGAGGUGAUUGAAGAUUUGCAGACCGAAGUGAAUAACAUGCAAAAACUGCAACAUCCUUAUUUGAUACGUUUGUACGGAAUCGUUUUCUCAAAUCCCGCAAUGAUGGUAAUAUUCCGUUGUGUUCGGCCUAUUUUGUUGUUAUUUGAUUUCAUCAGAUGA